AUGGCAAGUGUUGCAUCACUUAGCUCUCUUCUUCUUCUUCAAUAUUUAAUUUUUAUAUGCGCUGCAACUGCAACUUCAGCUUUAACUCCAGAAAAAUUUAUAGAAUGCGUGUCCACAAAUUCUGAGCUUUCCGUACCAGUCACCACAACCCUAUUCACACCAAACAAUUGUUCAUUCACUUCUAUUCUCGGAUCCUCAGCGACAAAUCUCAGGUUCUUGGAACCUUCUGUUCCAAAACCAGAGUUUAUAUUCACUCCAUUACAUGAUUCUCAUGUCCAAGCGGCCAUUAUAUGUUUGAAAGAGCAAGGAUUAGAUCUGAGAGUCCGAAGUGGAGGCCAUGACUUCGAAGGAGUCUCCUAUGCAUCUGAAAUUCACAGCCCUUUCGUCGUUAUAGAUCUUAUCAAUCUUCGACGUAUCGACGUUGACAUCGAAGAUAAGUCGGCUUGGGUUCAGGCUGGCGCCACAAAUGGAGAACUUUACUACAGAAUCUCUCAGAAAAGCAAAGUGCAUACUUUCCCAGCUGGAAUUUGCACGAGCUUAGGUAUUGGUGGCCACAUAACAGGAGGUGGUUAUGGCUCUCUGCUAAGAAAAUAUGGCCUCGCCGCUGAUAACGUUGUCGAUGCUCUAAUCGUCGAUGUUAAUGGAAAAAUUCUCGAUAGAGAAGCCAUGGGAGAGGAGUUGUUUUGGGCAAUCCGAGGCGGUGGUGGAGGAAGCUUUGGAAUCAUUCUAUGGUGGAAGCUUAAACUUGUAUCGGUUCCCGCCACCGUGACAGUUUUCAGGGUCACGAAGACUUUGGAGCAAGGCGCCGCGAAGAUCCUCUAUAGGUGGCAACAAAUUGUUGAUAAGCUUGAUGAAGAUCUAUUCAUUAAAGUCACCAUGACUGUGGUGAACGGUACAAAGAUUGGUCAAGGAACUAUAGCAACUACUUAUGAAGCUCUUUUCCUUGGAAACACUGAUAGACUUCUCCGACUAAUGGAAAAGAGCUUCCCUGAGUUGGGUUUGACCCAAAAGGAUUGUGUCGAAAUGAGUUGGAUUGAGUCUGCGGGUUUCCUCGAAGGAAAACCAAAUGGAACACCGGUUGAGUACCUUCUUCAAUCGAAAUCUAUAUUCAAGACUUUUUUCAAAGCCAAGUCAGACUUCGUGAAAGUUCCCAUACCAGAAAUGGCUCUCGAGGGGUUGUGGGAAAGGAUGACAGAGAAAGACAUUGCGUCAGCGAUAAUUUGGACUCCUUACGGUGGAAUGAUGAGCAUGAUUCCAGAAUCCGAGUCCCCUUUCCCUCAUAGGAAAGGAAUCAUUUUUAUGAGCCAGUACUUUAACUCUUGGAAUAUUGGAGAGAAACACCCGGAAAAGCACAUUAAUUGGAAUAGGAAGUUGUACGAGUACAUGGCUCCUUAUGUUUCAAAAUUUCCUCGAGAAGCGUAUGUGAACUAUAGGGAUCUUGAUAUUGGGAGGAACAAGAAGAUAAGCAACACUACAAGCUUCAAACAAUCAAGUCUUUGGGGGGAAAAGUAUUUCAAGGCUAACUUCGGCAGAUUGGUCAGUGUAUUUAAAUCUGACAAGAAAUACACAAUAUAUAAAGUAAAAUAA